AGGAGAGGCUGAGAGAGGUAGUAAGCACAAAGAUACAGAGACGAUGAUCGCCUUAACAACAAGCGCCAUAUUACCAACCUACAAAGGAUUAUUCUACAAUCAUGGAGUGUGACUUUAAAUACACGUCAUGAUCAUUUUAUGAUGGAUAUAUUUCUAAUCAAAUUAUAAAUGUAAUGUGUGAUGGAUUUUUUAUAAAGAUUCCUAUAUGGAAAGAACUAAAGAUUGGCUAUUAUUAAUCCCCAUUGUUCUUGAAAUGGGAACAACAGAAUCUAAAACGUGCCUUAAAGAUGAAUCACUAGGUGACCAACUAGAUAUUAACUUAUAUGAAUGUAACGACCCAUGGGCGACUGAGUGCUGCGUGGUUGAUAACGAACCAGACUGCUGUCAGUCAGAGAGUAUUAAAAACUUGCUGGAACAGUUGCAGUUAUGGGGCUCCAUCGUUGGUGUUAUUGUAGCAGUAGCUAUUAUAUAUAUAUGCUGGAGGAAAGACAAUUUUUGUGGCACUAAAAAAACAUUAAAGGAAAAACUCAAAGAUUGCUGUUCUGGAAGGAACAAGAAAGCAGUUAACUCCACAGAAAAGACCGAGUUUACCAGAUUUGAGCACACUGAGUUCACACCUUCGGUCACUCCAGAUGUGAACUUAACUAACAUGACAACAGUCCAGUCAAGCCCUACAAAUGGUAACAUGAUUCAUACUGACGUGCACCAUGAUACCACACAUACCAAUGAGAAACUAACAAACUAUGACAAUGGCAUAAAUGAUUUAGAUGCCAGGCCUUCUACUAGUCGACACAAUGAUGUACUGAGUGUGGAGAACUCAAAAAGAGGCUCUGCCGGAUCACAUCAUUUCUCAGAUGAUUCUCAUGAAUCCAAACAGUCAGAUACAGCACUCAUUAAACAGAACAAAUACAAUGACAGUAUUGAGAUGCAGGACAUGGGAGGGAGUAGAACAGAUCUACCUGCAAAAACUGCCAAAAAGAAAGGAAAGAGUGCAGGGGGAAAGAAAAAUGGAACAGCAAAAUCUCGGGCUGAGCCAGAGUUAAAGACGGAAGAUGAAGAGGAAAAACCUUUAAAACCAAACAAACUUAAGAAAAAGAAAAGUAAAAAGGGAGCUUUGUCGAAAACGACUAGUUUCCCAAAUGUUGAAGUAUGAUAAAAGUCGAUAUUUAAGAUAAUCUAAAUAUGGAAUGGUUAACCAGUUUUAACUACAGAUUAAAGAUCCAAUCGGAACAUGUGAUGAUAGUAGUUUGAAUCAAGAUACGUUCUAUGUAGACGCAUCUGGAUAUAUGUUCAUUUUGCAAACUGUACCUAUCUACAGUACAGUAUGAGCAAUGGUGGGUGAUGGGCUUUGAAAAGCUAGAAAGAUCAAAAUUAAAGGAUCCACGGGGUCCUAUAUGGUGACGUUUUGAAAACCUAUGUGACACUAUUAUUAGGCUAUGGGAAUACCUGUUGAGUGUAAAGAAUAUUUACAAUGCAUGUGGUAAAUGUAUUUUCUUUAAUAUUCACU